GUGUCCGGCCGUACGACCGCAGAGUCUCACUGCUUCAUAAGACCGUCACUAAUUAGAAUUAUAAAUUAAUACUGUCGGCGGAGUUUGAUCGCUCUCCCGCGGAAUGCAGCGUCGCGAUUUCCCCUUCUACUUUCUUCUCUGUGGAAGUUUAUUAAAAGCUUCCUUCCAAGGGGAACACCAGCGGAGGCUUUACAAGGACCUUUUGACCAACUACAACCCCCUGGAGAGGCCGGUCUUCAAUGACUCGCACUCCCUCACCGUCCACUUCAGCUUGAGCCUCAUGCAGAUCAUGGACGUGGAUGAGAAGAAUCAGGUUCUGACCACCAACAUAUGGCUGCAGCUGUACUGGAUCGAUCACUACCUGCAGUGGAACACCUCGGAGUACCCCGGCGUGGCCACCGUCCGCUUCCCCGACAGCCUCAUCUGGAGGCCGGACAUCCUGCUCUACAACAGUGCGGAUGAGCGGUUUGACGCCACCUUUCACACCAACAUCCUGGUAAACUCCUCGGGGUAUUGCCAGUACAUGCCUCCAGGGAUCUUCAGAAGCACUUGCUACAUCGACGUGCGUUGGUUCCCCUUCGACGUGCAGCGCUGCGAGCUCAAGUUCGGCUCGUGGACGUAUGGCGGCUGGUCCCUGGACCUGCGGAUGGUGGAUGCCGACGUGACGGGCUACAUCGCCAAUGGGGAGUGGGACCUCGUGGAGGUUCCCGGCCGCAGGAACGAACGUUUCUACGACUGCUGCAAGGAGCCGUACCCAGACGUGACCUUCACGGUGGUGAUGCGCCGCCGUACCCUGUACUACGGCCUGAACCUGCUCAUCCCCUGCGUGCUGAUCUCCACGCUGGCCUUGCUGGUCUUCCUGCUGCCCGCCGACUCCGGCGAGAAGAUCUCGCUGGGAAUAACGGUGCUGCUGUCCCUCACCGUCUUCAUGCUCCUGGUUGCUGAAAUCAUGCCGGCGACCUCCGACUCUGUGCCACUGAUCGCACAGUACUUUGCCACUACCAUGGUCAUCGUUGGCCUGUCCGUGAUCGCCACUGUCCUGGUCCUGCAGUACCACCACCAUGACCCCGACGGGGGAAAGAUGCCAAAAUGGACGCGUGUGGUCUUGCUGAACUGGUGUGCCUGGUUCCUGCGGAUGCGACGGCCUGGUGAGGGGAGAGUGCGCCUCGCCUGCCCCAGCGGGCGGCAGCGUAGCAGCGUGUCCAGCGUGCAGCUCGGCAGCGCCGCCCUGGAGCCGGCUGUCACCAACAUGGCGUACGCGGGAUUCCGCGGCGUGAAGGGCCCACGCUAUGCAGCUGCACCCGACUCGGGGGGUGUCUGCGGCCCGCUCCUGGGGCCGGGGCUGGAGGAGGAUGGGCUCCCGCCCAGGGCACCGGGCUUCGUCUUCGUUGGUGACCACGACCUCGCCGGGAUCCUGGAGGAGGUGCGUUACAUCGCCAAGCGCUUCCGCGAUCAGGACGAGGACGAGUCCAUCUGCAGCGAGUGGAAGUUCGCCGCCGCCGUCAUCGACCGCCUCUGCCUCAUGGCCUUCUCGCUCUUCACUGUCCUCUGCACCAUCGGCAUCCUCAUGUCCGCGCCUAACUUCGUGGAGGCCAUCUCUAAGGAUUUCUUCACCUAGGCCGCCCUGUGAAACGCCCCCCCCCUCUCCUAACCUCUCUAUCUUUAUGUUGCAUUCCACUUGUAAAUUCCAAGUUCCUAGUCGGAAAUUUCAACUGGAAUGCCCCCUGUAGUCGGAAUUCCUAUUCGGAAAGUUCGAUGGAUCUACACAACCACGACCUCAGAAUUCAAGAUGGCCGCGUCCUUUAUCAACAGAAGCAAAGCUGUAGUUUUAUACUGUUUAUUAGCACUUGCGUCUUAUUUGUGACUCAUUAAAUUGGUUGUACACACAAUACUGUCCAACCGCUAUCUGUGGAUGUGUUGCUAUGCUAUUUUUGUGCACGAAAUACUGUGUAAUGUGUUAUCAGCUGAUAUUGCUAACGAUGGCUAACAAUUAACUGAGCUAGAACUGAGGCCUGUUUCAGAAAGCAUGAUUUCUUGCUUAGCUGGACAAUUUGUCUGAUUUAAGAUAGCCAGGGCUAAAUGUAAGUGAAUGAAGAUAGAGGCCAUUUAAACUGGGGUAAAUUAAAUCGGACAUGUUACCCGGCUAAGAAAGACAAGAGAUCUUGCUUUUUGAAACUUGAGUCCCUGGUACUGCUAAAUGACCUUCUAGCUUGUGGUACUAGAACGAUGCCUCGAUUCCAAAUCCAGGCCUUGUUUUCAGUUCUCCCAGGUAGCUAGUUUAAUAAUCACUGAUUCUGAUUGGCCAGAGGCUUCACAGGCAGCUGACAGGUAAAGAAGGCUGGGAAAUCAGCAGGGCUCGGCCCUAUAAGACUGUGAUUUGAUUAGCCCUGCCCUACAGCCUCCAGAUGCUUGUCUGUAUCAGUCAUUUAUCCCUCGUUCACUCCUCCCCUGUGAAAUGACUCCCAGUAACAGUGCACGCAACAGUGCUACUUUUGGUUCACUGCAAUCGCUACAUUCCCACCAAAACUGAGAACAUGAAGCAAGAAUUACAGUGAACUGUCAGGAGGUUUGCAUAGUGUCAUGUGGAUUUCCAUGCUGUUGGAAGCCUCCCUAUCAAAGGAAAUGCUGCCUCUGUUGGUCCGGUCGAUGCUAAGACUCUCUAACCUUCCCACUGUGUUCCUGCAGUCGGCAGCGUGACGUGUGGGUCUCCCCUCUGUUUCCGUCUUUGCGGGAAAUGCUCCCUUCCUUGCUAAACUGAUAUGGUUGCCCUCAUUCCUGCUAGUUCCUGUGAGCACUGGCUUCCUAGUACUGUUCUGACCACAUGAAGCCUUCAUGAAUACAUCUUUGACGCGGUAAAAUGUGCCUGUGUGUUAAUACAUCCCCCCACUUCGCUGUAUCUCACGUGAGACUCUCUAUCAUGUUCAUCUCCAUCCGGCUUCCCUGUUUGGACAGUCUGGAGGUUGGAGACUCCUCGCAUCCAUAGUGAUAGUUUGGGAGAGUGGCUUCCCGGUCAGAAUGACUCCUGAUUGGUGGUUUU